AUGCUCCGUAGCAGAAGGUCUGUAUUAGUUUUUAUAGAUAACGGAUUGAAAACAUCCUUGAUAGCAAAAGAAGUGUUCAGUUCAGAAGAACAUCCUAGCUACGGGAAGGAAGUAAAACGCCCGGGUGACAUCUACCAAAUGAAUGGAUAUGUUUGCAGUCACAACCAUGAGGGAAGUACGAAUGACUGCGGUUCGAGAAGCGAUGAGGCCUUCGGGUGA